GGCUUCAGAAACGUCAAAUGCAUGUGGCGAACAAUAAAAACAAAAAUAAAGCACUUUAACGAGUCCAAAAACAGAAUUAAAGUACAAAAAUGGGAAAGGGCCUUGCACAGAAAAUUCUUGGAUGCAAACAUCCGGAGAGUCGAAAAACAUUAAAUUUGAUCAAAAAAACCAAAAAAACGAAAAAUCGUCAACUAAAAAAAAUCGGAAAUGCUUCCAAAGUCAACAUUCAAGGCAAAAAGCUCUUUUGGUUCUACGAAAACAUCGAAGAUGUCGAAGGUCCUCUCACGCCAGACAUGUACAUCGAGCUAAUCGAGCAUUAUCUCGCCCGUUUCGAUGACGAACUCGAACAAAUCAGCAUUAAACAGAGCAUCAACAAGAAACGCGGCAAUCAACAUGCCUCUCGGGAGUCUGUCAUCAAAAUUACGCUGGAAAAAGAGAAGGGAGACUUCAAUGGCGGCGGUUUAGAACUCCCCAACCUAUGCGAUCCGGUCGAAUUUAAGCAAUUUCAGGAAUGGGAUGGCGAGGCAUCGAAAAUUCAACACCUCAAAAUGCAUUUUGUGUCGCGAAAGUGGCUGGAAAAUCUGAAAUCCACACAGAAUGAAGACGAAAAAAUGACGGAAUAAAUUUUUUUUUGUGUUUGAAAUUUAUUAUUGACUAAUUUCGGGUGUUAAAAGGAAAUAUUUUUAGGGCCAACUCAUUUUAGCUUCGUACUGACGAUAUUUCUUCUUGUAUUUCAAGCC